GCUGAAUGAAAGCUCUCUGGUCUGUCCGAUCCAUGCUGUUGAUUGACACGACAGACACCCACACAGAGUCGGUCGGUCCGUCGCAACCUCAGUCAGUGGCGCACAGAGACACUCAUGUGACUGACCAACCACCAUCCCACCGACACAAAGACAGACAGACAGACAGACAGGCACAUCGUAGUAGGUAGGUACAUUACAGCUGCCGAGCAAACGAAACCAACGAUUGAUGCAGCAAGCAGCGCACACACACACACACACACACACACACAGCGACAUUGAAGGAACGAAGGAAAGGGCGAAGGAAAGCCUUAUCGAUAUUAUGGAUGCUAUGGAUGGAUGGAUGGAUUGACGGCAUUGAAUCAACCAACCAAUCAAUGAAAACAAGGAAAAGGCAAGGCAGAGCAAAGCAAAGGGGAGAGGGUGUGAGGGGGUCAGUCAGUGAGUGAGCGUAGCCACAUCGAUGUGUGCUGCCAUCGCAUACCAAGAUGGCAGAAAAAUAAUCACACAUAAACACAUAAGCACCACGACAGGGGGGAGGGAGGGAGGGAGGGAGGAGAUAGCAAACAGACGGAGAAAAAUAGAGCGGUCGUCACGACGUCCCUCAUGGCACCCAUAGCAGCGCACACACGGAACGAACGAAGAGCCGACACGCGCUCACAUACAGACAAGACACUCACACACACAGGUAGACACUCACUCACUCAUGUCAUGGAUAGGAGCGUUAUCUAUCUAUCUAUCGGUCUGGCGCACACACACGUGCACACGAAUCAAGGUAGGUAGUGUAGGCAUGUAUGUAUGUAUGCAGGUAGGUAUGUAUUGGAAGGCGGGCGUGGGUCGGUACGAUAGAUAUGCGAUGCCUAUUGACCCGCCCGCCUCCCUCCCUCCCUGUGUGCAAUCGAUCGUCACACGGAAAAAAAGGUAGGUGACCCUCUCACACGAACCAACCGCAGCAUCAAUCAAAGUAGAGUAGAACAUAUAACCCUCACACCCACACACGCACACGCAGGCAGACAGACAGACAGACAGCCUGGUGAAAAACAGACGAUCAGCCGGCACCCCGGGGAGCCCUCGCAGCCCUCUCGGACACGCUUUGCACAUGGACUUGAAACCAACACAUACAUACAUAGGAUAGAUAGCCAUACACCACACCACAAGAGAAAGUACUUACUUGGGCUCAUUGAUGAUGACAUAGGCACCCACCGCAUGUGUGUAUGUAUGUAUGUGUGCAGGCACUCCAAAAUCGCCUCAGCGAACGAUUUGCAGCUAGCUACAUAGGAUAGCUUGCCCUCACCCAGGUGUGCACACCGUGCCGCACCAUUGAGGGAGAAAAAUGAGCAGCGAUUGAGAGUAGCCCCCCCCCCGUGUGUGGGUAUGAAAGUGACAAGGGUAUGAAUUGCCGCCCGGCUGGCAGGCAGGCCGACAGGGCGUGGCGUCUGGCUGGCUGGUGUGGCAUGGCACGGACACACACGCAGAGACACACACGCACAAGCACCACGAGAAAAAUGGAGAGAGUCAGUGUGUGCAUGUGGGUGUGGUGUGUGUGGUGUACGUGUGUGUGUAUCGGUCGGUAGGACAGAUAAAGUUUGAUUGUAUGCUCUCUUGUACACUCAGACAGACAGACAGACACUCAAAAAACAUACACACAUACACACGUACAUACAUACACACCGAUGGCAAUGUCUAGCACUAUCCCACCCGCUCUCGCACACCCGUCCUCCCUCGCUGUCUGGCGGGUAUGACUUCACUGACUCUCACGCGAAAAACGCCUCAGCGCGCCCUCUCUGCUCUCUGCUCUCUCUCACGUCACCACGACAGCACGCGAAUCCAUUCGGAUGCACACACACAUGCAUGUGAUGUGCAUGUGUGUCCGUAGGUACGUAAGCGUGUGUGUCAGGAUCUCCUGCUCGCAUCGGAGCGAUCCCAUCCCACCCAAUCAGCGGACACACACACACACACACACGACGUGAGUGCGUCAUUCUCGCCUCCCUUCCUCCCCCCUUCUCACUUGAACAGUGAAGUGUAUGCAGAAGCGAUAGCAGCCUCACUCAUUGGUACUUAGGUACGAUUGUGUGGUGUGUGUAUGGACGAGGAAAAAUCACAGCGCCAUAUAACAGACAGACAGACAGCCAUCCAGACAUUUCUACAGGUCAAAAAUCAUCAGGUGCGUGCGCUGACCAGCCGCACGGCAGAAGAGCGAGAGAAUACGAUACGCCGACAUAGAGAGAGGCACAGACAGAGAGAGAGAGAGAGAGAGAGAUGGCGUGAUGUGGAGACAGAGAGAGGGAAAAGAAGUCUCAACAAACUCGUAUAUUGGGGUGCGGUGCGAUGUGCAUAGGCACACCGGCCGGCCGACAUGAAUGCAAUGCGUGCCUCUUCCCUCCCUCCCUCCUCUGUGGAUGCCUGCCAUCAUCACGGUAGGUACCUACAGAUAGAGGCAAGGAGUGUCAAGUAGAUACGAUAGAUACGUAGAGUGCGAAAAAACAGCUAACCCCCCACGAGAAAGCGCAACACACAGCCCCACCCACAGCAGUGUAUCCACCCAUCCCAUCCAUCCGUUCUUGUUUGUGUGUGCCCAUGUCGCGGAGUGCGACAAUGCCAUCCGCAUGGAACUAGAGUGGCUGACACGAGUGUGCCCGGAUCAGUCACCCUUGCGUGAGGACAGCAUCGGCGGACUGCGAGACACAUUCACACCAACCACCACCACCACAAACAAGGACAGCAAACCCACGAGGGUGUCUUGUCUCGCCACGGCAUCCCACGCAAGGUUGCCAAGCUGGCUGGCUGGCUGGCUGUGCGUGUCCUGCGUCCAUGCGUGCUGUGACCACCGCGCUGGGAUACCGACCAAUGAACCCCGACAAGUGUGUUGUUGGUGCCACUGGUAGGCAACCUCGCGCAGACGGUCACAGCCAUGCAAUGCACAUGGAAGGACACGACAGAUAGAUCAGCAAGCAAGUGAAAACAAACAAAGCGCAGCCAGUGAUCGAUCUCCGCCCGCCUCCAUUCCCUCCCUCCCUCCCUCCGUUUGUAGUGCAACCCAGCCCCCCACACGCCACGCCACGCACAUUACAUACAUAAUGACACACACCACACACCACAUGCCGUGCCGCAUUCGCGGGAUGCACCACACAUCAACACAUACACACACGCGCAAGAGGCCUCUCUCUCUCGUAGCAUAGCACAGCGCAGCGCAGCACAGAGGUAGUCUGUGGGCACGUAAGCAGACAGGUAGAUAGGAGCGUUAUGUGUCUGUCGGUAUGCAUCCAGGUAGUAGGUAUGUACGCAGCCACGCACAAGCACAUGAGCAGCGGCCUGUCUGUCUGUCCAGCUCGUCUUCUCUCCUCUCGUCAGUCAUCUCUUGGAGCACAACCCUCCCUCUUUCUCUCUCUGCGCGUCACGCUCUCCCCUCCAAAACGGGUCGACUCGCUACUCAUCAGGUCGCAUGGCUGCUCUCAUCUCAUUCUCUCCCUCUCCCUCUAGCUCUCCGUCUGUCUGUCUGUCUGUCUCUCAGAUCUGCACGGUCUUCUCUCUCUCCCCCCCACCCACAGCAGAUGGUGCCGGAGCAGCAGGCGCCAGCUCAGGGGUGCUGGUGGGUGUGCACGGCGGGCUGGUGGGCGCGUUGCUGCUGGGGGCCACAGUGGUGGCGUACGACGACACGCCCACACCCACAUUCACACCGGCAGCAUCACCAGUAGCCUGAUUUGCCUUUGCUGCUGCUGCUGCUGCUGCUGGUGGUGGUGGUCCUGCUGGUGCCACGGGUGUUGGUGCGAUCAGGGGUGGUGGAUGCACAGCAGCGGCCGGGAUAAACACACCCAUGGGCAUCGGUACGUACAUCCCAGCAGCAGCAUGGGGCAGCGGCAGCGCCCCCUUCGGCCUGAUCGGUGUGAGCGUCUUGGUCUUCGACUGUGCGGGAGAGGGGGCAGGUAAGAGGUGACGCUGGCCGGGCCUCAGCGGCGGGCCCGGGAAGAUCAUCCCCACUCGCAAAGGGAAGGGCGAUGCGAAGGGCAGGCGCAGCGCUGCUGGCGGGAUUGGGAGGGUGAGAGAGCCCGGGGUGGGCUGGACGGGAGCCGAUGGGUUCACGGGGUUGGGCUGGGCACCGAGGGGACGGCUGCCGGCAGCAGUGAUGGUGGUGGUGGUCUUGGCGGCGCCACGAGAGCGGCGGAUGAGGGAGUUGAAACGGUUCUUGACCUGGUUCUCAGUGCGACCUGACGGUCAGAAGGAUGCACAUCACAUCACACAUGGGGUGAGGUGGGUGGAGAAAGAGAUGGUGAGAGAGGGGGAGUUCGUUCGGUUUGCUUACCGACGAGCUCCUUGGCGAUGGCCGCCCAUCUGUUGCCGAGGGCGCGUUGCUUCCUGAGGAUGAUCUCGUCUUCGGUGGCCUUCCAGCCGCCCUUUCUGAUGCGCGGGUCGCAGUGGUUGUGCCAUCGCUCGCGACACUGCUUCCCUGCACACAUGAACACACAUACACAACGGGAUUCAUGACGUGUGUAUGGCGUGGUGCUGUGCUGUGCUGUGGUGUUCGUUUGCUGACCGGUGCGUCCCUCGAAGCCGUCGAUGCCUGCACCCAUCUGCUCGUUCAUCAGCUUGGCGAUCUCGGUCCAUCUGAAAGAGCGGCACAGCGAGUAGAGUACUCACACAGUAAGGCCAUCUGUGGGGUCGGCAUUACUUGGAGGAGCCAUGAAUCCGGACGAGCGACGCAAGCAGCGCUUCCUCCUCAGGAGUCCACUGACGACUCUGAAGGCGGCACACACCACAUGGCAAAACAGGGCCAUCCAUUCAUUUGUCCAUCGCUCGACGCACUCCUUCUUUGCUGCCCUAGCUCUCUCCCUGACGUACCUUGCUGUCGGGCAUGGUGAGGCGUUUCCACCUCGCCCGGCACUCGUCGUCAUUCCGACCACUCCCCAACAUGUUGGCCACCUCCACCCACAGCUUCUCCAUCCCACACCCACACGCAUCGCGGCACCGGCACUCCAGCCGUUUCCGCCGCGAGCCAGGGCCGGCUAGACGCUCAACGACCCCCAGAAGCCGCUCGUCGUGCGACUUGGUCCACUCCAAGGGCACUGGAGCCAGGUGGGGCUCGCGCUUGAUGAUGUGGGGGUGGGGGAGGGGAGGGGGGAAGGGCGCGUGGGUUUGGUUGUGGGUGUUGUGGACGCCGCCGUGGCUGUGUGUGUAGGUGGGGGGCAUUGUGAGGGGCCAUUGGCAGUGCCGCAUGGCGUUGCUGCUGCUGCUGUGGGGACAGCUGGGCGAGUGAGCACGGGCCGGGCGCUGCCUAGUGCACUGGAUGUUGUUGCUGUUGUUGUUGCUCUCGCCAUCGUGCUGCUGCUCUUGCUGCCGCUCUCUCUUGAUCUCUGUCUUGACCGGAAGAGGUCCCACAACGCUCUCCCAGCCCUCCCCGUCGAUGCCGUCCGCACUGAUAGUCCGCCUCCGGGCGGCCUCACCCUCGCCCCCAUCUGUCGCCGCACACUCGCGGCACGCACACGUGGCCGGUGGCCCAUAGCCGUACACGAGCCCCUGCUGACCGGUGGUCUGCACCGGUGAUUGGGACGGAGAGGACCAGCAGCCGCCGUGGGAGCCGUCGAAGGCGCCGUGAUGCUCAUGGCCGCCAGUCUGGCUGUCGGCCAGUGUGUGUGGGUGUGAGUGGGGGGCGAAUGGGUGUGGGUGCGGGUCGGGGCCAGGCACAGGGAGGGACUUGGCACGCAUGACGGCGACCGGAUCAUGGUGUCCGUGAUACGAUGACGGCGGGGGGAAGAAUGGCGGGGUGGUGGGGUUGGUGGGGGGCUGGGGGGUGUUCUGCGACACGCUGUCGGACAGGUCAGUCAGCGGCGGCGGCAUAUCGUGGUAGUCGACCCCGGCCGGCUCGUUGUGGUGGCCCCUGGAGUCUUCCACCGGCUCUUGCUUGACAAAGAUCCCAUCUUGAUACGACAUGCCGUUGGCAUCCUCAUGGCUGCCCCUCGAGUGCUGCCUGUCGUUGUGGUCCAGUGGCGGCAGCAGAAACGGCACGGAGAAGGCCGAGUCGUCGGAGGAGCCCGUGUUGAGCCGCGGCCGCCGUCUGGCAUAGUGCAUAUGGGAGGAUAAGUGGCCGUCGAUGCCGUCCAUGAGGCUGUCGGGGUCUGAGAGAGUUGAGAGGCCUCGUGGGCGUUUGCCGAGCAGCUGGUAGGACGGGAGGGUCUCGUGAUCGUCCCAUGAUGGUGCGCCUGGCCCGACGUGCCGGUCAUGAGAGGCGGAGGAAGUGCCGACCUCCUCCUUGAUCGAUGGGAGGAGCGAUGAUGACGCCACACCUGACGAACGACACACAAAGAGCACACGCGGUGUGAGUGACACGCAGAUCAAAGCCCUCCCACAGCCACCCACGUGGUGUCCUUCCUGCCUCUUUGCUGCCUGUCUCGCUCUCACCAUGGCCGCCGAAGGCACCAAAGCACCCGAACGAGUCGCCGCAGGCCUCUCCGUCGAUGCCCAUCAUGGUCAUGCUGCCCGACCGUCCGUCGUCGCCCCGCAAUUCAAAAUGAAGGUCCUCCACCGACAUGGACGACACGAUGGGCACCACACGCGUGUCGCUGGCUCCUGCAUCUGCGGCAUGGGAGCCCUUCAGGAUAGACAUCGAGAGAUCAGCAGGGCCGCUGGCGGCGUGAUGAGACGCGGCGCGAGAGUGGUUGCCUUGGGAGUGCGUGAGCAGAUCCAUGCUAGUGGGAGCAGCAGGACCCGCCUCGCGAGAGGGAAGAACAGAAAACGAA